AUGAUGCAUCUGUGUUCACCAGCAUUUGGUUAUCAACUUUCUAGUGAUAUUCGUCGAAAAGCAACAGCUAUUGUUCAGUUUUAUUUAAAAUACAAGCAUACAAUACUUAAUCGACAAUUAUCUAAAGAUGUAUUUAAAUAUGAAACACAAUUGUUUAAUAAUAAUAUCGAUUAUGUACCAGGAUUAAAAUUAAAUUUUUAG